AUGCUGAAAGUAUACUUUACAUCAUCAAAAUUUAAAUCAUAUAUCCCAGACUGGAUACUAUUGGUAAUAUCAACAAUAUUAUUUUUCCAAGUAUUUGAAUUCUUGAAACCUUUUAAUAGACAAUUUUUUAUUAAUGAUCCAAAACUACUACAUCCUUUCGCUACUGUUGAAAGAGUAACAGAUAAUCAACUAUAUUUGUAUUCAACUAUUAUACCUGCUAUAAUAAUAAUCGCUGUAUCUACAUUACUUAAAGCUCAAAAUAAAUUUAAGUCAACUACAUCAAAUGUCACAUUUGAAUAUUUCCAUUUUUUACAAAUUUCAUUACUUGGGUUAUUUUUGAGUGUGUUUUUAGUUUCCAUAUUAACUGAUAUUCUAAAAGUGUGGAUAGGUAACCCUAGGCCAGAUUUUAUAGCAAGAUGUGGUCCAAAACCCGGGACACCAAUAAAUACUAUGGUUGAUGUUGUUGAUGUAUGUACUUCUCCUUUAGGUGAGAUUUAUUUAUUAGAUGGAAUGAAAUCAACUCCCUCUGGACACUCAUCUAUGAGUUUUGCAGGGUUGGGGUUUUUAUCACUAUGGUUGAUUGAUUUGUUCACAAAUUUGAACCUCAAUAACAUUAAUAAUAAUAAUGACAGAAAGACAAAGAACGAGCAAUUAGUUUAUAGAAUCAUUUGUUUUUUACCGUUAAUUUUAGCAAGUUAUAUUGCAUUAAGUAGAACUCAAGAUUAUAGACAUCAUUUUUUUGAUAUUUUAUUUGGUGGUUUGUUAGGUUUAAUCUUUGGCUAUGUGAUUUAUAAAAAAUACUUUGGUUUGAAUGGUAAUUACUAUAAUGAUAUUCAAAAAAAUAAUCAGAAUAUAAUUAUUAGUGGUAAUAACAUCAAUAAUAAUAAUGAGGCAUUUGGAUAUGUAUAA